CACCUUCAACGGCCCAUCAUCAUCAUCAACGACCACAUGGCUAGAAAAAUACGACUCUCCCGGACAACGUCCAGCUGGGUCUUCCUCACAAUAUUUUGGACUGUCAUCAACCUAGCAGCAUCGCAGACAACCACUCGCGCGCCAAAUUUCCAGGCCCUUUACCGUCAUGCUGAUGGCCAAACUUCAACGAUAUCAUGUCCAUUUGGCCAGAACUUCUGGACUUCGGGCACCUUCGGAGGAUGCUGCGCGCCGACAUUGACCGAAAGCAAGUCGUGUGGCAUUCCUACACAGUGCCAUGCCGGAACUGUUACAGAUAGGUUCGGUAGAACACGGACCUGCUGGCUGGUCUAUGACUGUGGAAAUAAUUGGUCCGCUCACACCGUCUUUCGCGAUAUCCAAUACACGACGUGUGCUCUUGCUUCCUCCAUACCAAGCGUUGAUGAAAGUAAACCAAGCCCAGCGUCUGGAGUUGGCGGUGCCGUGGCCUCCUCAACGGAAACCGACGUCCCCACAGACUCUUCAUCGUCAUCAAAAGCCUGGAUUGCCGGUGCCGUGGCCGGCCCGGUAGUUGCACUAGUAGCCGGGGCCUUGGGCUUCUGGUUCGGUACCAGGAGAAAACACGGAGCUGAGGCAGUCGAUAACAACAAACAUGUUGAUGCUGUUGACGGGGGAGAAACUGUCAUGAAUGGUGCGAGGAGUGUGCAAAGAAGCAUCCAAAGCCAAGCGAUUUGCCGUCCGAUCGAGGCUCCAUGUCAAUACCAUUAUCCCUCUCCAUCUCCGUUCCAACAGCAGCGGCUUUCCGGUCUUUUCCCGGUUUACGCCCCACCACCACCACAACCCAUGCUUCGACCGGUGACGGCGGACUCGGGAUAG